UUCCCUCCUUUCUUUUACUCUCCUUCUCUCUGGGUUUCUGUUCACCUUUUUGUUCCUAAUUUUUUUUCAUUAUUUUCAGUUGAAAUCUCUUCAACUAUUCCAUGAAGUUUUACCUUAGAGUGAUUUGAAGCUUCUGCAACUUAUUUCAUUCCCCUGUUUCUUAUUUUGGGAGAUUAGAACAUGGCUCAUAAACAUCUACAUGAGCUCAUAUGCGAAGAUCAAGAACCUUUCGUUCUACAGAACUACAUUGAAGAGAAACGUUGCCAGCUGAAAAGAUCUGUAACUAGAGACCACCUACAGGUUAAGAGGCGAAAACCCAUCUCUGGCAACUCCACUUUCCCUGCUAGCUUCUGUAAAAAUGCUUGCUUUUUCUCCUUCCAUGACUCUCCGGACUUAAGAAAAUCCCCUCUGUUCGAUUUCUCUUCCCCACUGAGAAGCCCAUGUGGUGGAACUUCGAAUAAGCUCUUCGUUCAUAUUCCAUCAAGAACAGCAGCCCUUCUGCUUGAAGCUGCUCUCCGGAUUCAGAAGCAGCCAUCUUCUUCUAAACCCCAAGCCACUGGUAAGAAUCUGUGUUCUGGGUUCUUCGGAUCGAUAUUGAAGAGGAUAAACCUCUGCAAGAGGAAUCAAAGUCCACAAAUAAAAGGGAACAAGAUGAGAGUUUCGGUUAAGGAUAUCUUGAGGUGGGAUUCGUCUGAUGGGCGCAAAGCAUUUGCAAUGGAGAAGCGACAAGAUCAAGAAAAAAGGGAGACUUUGGAGGGGAACAGAGCUGUUUCAGAGAUGGGUUUAUCGUGUUCAUGUAACAGCAGAGUUAGCAGUAUUUGGUCUGAGAGUAACGAAGACAAAUCUGAAGAUUUGGAGACUUCAAGUAGCAGGUCUGAUGACGAGGCAUUUUGUUCGAGUCCCUUCCGAUUCUCCCUUCGAAAUAGCCCCUCCGAUGGUCAGCGAACGCCGGAAUUCGGGUCUCCGGCGACGUCUCCUAGAUGCCACAUAAAAGAGGUGAAGCACAAGGAAGAAGGAAGUGAAGGAGGUAGGCAGAGUUGCGUAAGGAAGAAGGAGUACGAGAAUAAAGAGAAGGAACAAUGCAGCCCCGUGUGUGUGUUGGACCAGCCCUUCGACACCGACGUUGAUGAUGAUGACAACGAGGGAGACAACAACAACAACAACAGCGAUGACGGUGACCACCGACACCAUCAGUCAGAUUCUGACCUUGAGGAAAGCGAAGGGGAAGAGUUGAACAUGGAUGACCACAACCACCGUCGAUUUGAAGAGGAGGAGGAGGAGGAGCAUAGUUACGAUGAUGAUGAUGCGCUCGAGCGCAGCUUUGCCAUCGUUCAGAGACCAAAGCAACAACUUUUGCACAAACUGAGAAGAUUUGAAAGACUUGUAGAUUUAAAUCCCAUUGAGCUCGAGAAGAGAAUGUUGGAGGUAGAUGAUGAAGAAGAAGAAGAAGAAUGUGAUGAUGAAGAAGCUGAAAAUAAUAAAGAUACUUUUGUUGAAUCAGUAUACGGGCGGUUUAAAGAGGGAAAGGGGAAGGGGAAAGAGAAGACAACAGGGGAUAUGAAGCGACUCAUAUUAGACUUGAUCACUGAGGAAGGAAGAAGAAGAAGGAAUGAAGAUAAUAUUGAUGGUAUUGAUAAGGAGGUGGUGAUCAACAAUGUGAGCAAGAGAUUUGAGGCAUGGAAUGAGGUGGAAUCAGACACCAUAGACAUGAUGGUUGAUUUGGAGUUGAGAAGGGAGGGUGAAGAAUGGAAGAGAUGCCAAGAGCAAGUUAGUGAGAUGGCGAUUGAGAUCGAAUUUGCCAUCUUGGGAUUAUUGUUGCAGGAACUCUUUGAUGAAGUUGUAUGCUCAUAG